AGAAUCGUGGCCGGAUGUAGAUACGUCUGUGUGGGAUAUCUUAGCUGGAAGAAUUCAUAGACGCAUAAUUCAUAGUGUUUGUCUUGAGUGUCCUGCUACCAAAGCCGAAGAAAAAAAUGAUGUUUCUCAGAUCAAAGCCUCACAGGAUACUAAACCCUCGAAUCAUAAUGCUGAUAUAGUUGAAGUUCCUAUUAUAAAAGAACAAGAAGUCUUAGAACCUAUUUCUUAUCCGGAAAAUAGUACUUUGCAUAAUAAUUCACGAAAUGGCCUUGAAACUAGCUCUGCUGAGAAUGAUUUAAUAUCUGACUCCGAAAUCAAACAGCAAACUCAAGACAUUAAUAAUUUGCAGGAUGUUUCGCAUCCUAUCCUUAAUAACCCCGUCUUAUCAGAACAAAAUGCUAAAAUAAAAGCACCUGAAAUAGAUAUACAGCCUUUGAUACAAGAAUUGCUUAUAAAACCUUCGGAAGAAGAUUGUGUUAAGGUUAUUAAUGUGGAGGAGACCAAACAAGAUGAAAUCAUGAGCUGGUAUUGUUAUAGAAAGUAUUUUGAAAAAAGGCAUAGUGAGAUUUUACCUGGAAUCCUAAAGAAUGGACUUGUUAUGAAUAAAAAAGCCUAUGAACUUGCGAGUGGGCAGAUUUAUGAUGAAAUGCUACAGUAUCUUUCAGGA